UCGAUGACGCGGUGUGACUUCACACUGAGGCUGGAGGAGGACGCCGCCGCUGCGCGCAGCUCUCACCGUCUCCUCUCGUUCUCUCAGCGGGCGUCAGGCUGCACAAAGCCGGAGGGAUGGAGCCAGCGGGCGCGUACGGCGCCAGGAAGGCCGGGAGCGUCGCCUUCGAUCCGGUCGCAUUCUUCACGCAUCCCCGGACCAUUCUCAGACUGAUGUCUUGGGUUUUCUCCAUGGUGGUGUUCAGCUGCAUCGUGAACGAGGGCUACAUCAACAUCGGCAGCGAGCGUUUGCUCUGCGUCUUCAACAACAACGCUGAUGCCUGUAACUUUGGUGUUACUGUGGGCGUGGCCUGUUUCCUCGGCAGCAUCUUUUUCCUGAUCCUGGACAUUUACUUCCCCUCCAUCAGCAGCGUCAAGGACAGAAGACGGGCUGUCCUGCUGGACCUCGUCUUCUCUGGUCUUGCCAGCUUCCUGUGGUUUGUUGGCUUCUGUUUUCUGGCCAAUCAGUGGCAGGCUACCUCUCCAGACGAGCUGCCAUUAUCCCAGGGCUCCGACGCCGCCAGAGCCACCAUCGCUUUCUGCUUCUUCUCCGUCCUGACCUGGGCUGUACUGACGCUGAGCGCACUGCGGCGCUUCUUAACCGGCAGCAACACAAACUUGUUCACAUGGCAACACCUGGAUCCUCCCGCCGGCAGCGCUCGAGCUACACCGUACCCCAUCGCCAACGGAGCUACCAUAGUAACCACUAACCCCUAUCAAGCGCCGCCCUUUCACUGAAACCCUGGACCCCCAGAAACUCACACAGCAGAGACCUGUGGCUCCUGCCUUCUAGAGACAGUCAGACAGACAGAGGUGUGAGUUGAACGACACUGCGUACAACGCGGGCACGGACAACUUCCUGCCUCGCGGAUAAAUGGCUUUCCAUCCUUUCCUGGGAUUGGCGGGAUUGUGGGUCAUGUGAUGAUGUAUGAUCUAUUUUCACCAUGGCAACUGGCUGGCUCAGUUUAGUUAGUCGUAACUCUCUGUGUCAAGAAUACUGUCUUCUUCUUCUGUUCAUGCACACACACUCCCACACACAGAUAUAGAUGCACGCAAACACAGCUGUACUCACUCACACCUGGAUAUAUACAUGUAGCCUACACCUGGAAGCACAUAUUUAUACACACCUGGAGGCACACACACACACACACACACACACACACACACACACACACACACACACACACACCCUGACUGCAUGUUCAUAUGGUGAGGUGCAGAUUAACGUAGAUGUAGAUCAGUGGUGAUGCUUCAUCUACCUUAUAAAGGGAUACAAGGUCUUUAGUGAAGGAAUAUAUGGAGGACAGUGAAGCUGUGUAGCUCCGUUUAUCUGCUUCUGCUUGCCCUAUGUCAGUCUGACCAAUCAGAAGCUGCCUCUGCAGUCCUGUAGCCUCCAAUUGGCUGAAAUUGAGAAAGACAGGCAGCUUGACCAAUAGAUUGAGAGGAUAUGGGUGGUAGAAAUUGGUACAUUUUCUUAGCAAGAAAAUGAGCCAGGACAGCUUAAUGCAGUCUGAAUGCUAUACUGUUUCAAUGUGAAAUAUUCAUGUGAUUAAAUAUUUUAUUGUGAUAUGCUGAAGUGGUAAAAUAAAAUAUGAAAAAAUAAAAUCUAUACACCACCAUCA